UCUCCUCCCUCCCUUCCCCCCGCGUCCGCGCGCCGCGUCGCGUCGAGUCGAGCCCGCUGCCCGCUCCCCGCCGCCCCCGGGAGAUGCGAUGACAACGUCCACCCUGCAGAAGGCCAUCGACCUGGUGACGCGGGCCACGGAGGAGGACAAGGCCAAGAACUACGCGGAGGCGCUGCGCCUCUACCAGCACGCCGUGGAGUACUUCCUGCACGCCAUCAAGUAUGAGGCGCACAGUGACAAGGCGAAGGAGAGCAUCCGGGCCAAGUGCGUGCAGUACCUGGACCGGGCGGAGAAGCUGAAGGACUACCUGCGCAGCAAGGACAAGCAGAGCAAGAAGCCCGUCAAGGAGGCGCAGAGCGACAGCAAGGGCAGCGACAGCGACAGUGAGGGCGAGAACCCCGAGAAGAAGAAGCUGCAGGAGCAGCUCAUGGGCGCCAUCAUGAUGGAGAAGCCCAACGUGCGGUGGAAUGAUGUGGCCGGGCUGGAGGGAGCCAAGGAGGCGCUGAAGGAGGCCGUCAUCCUGCCCAUCAAAUUCCCCCACUUGUUCACUGGGAAACGCACGCCCUGGCGAGGGAUCCUGCUCUUUGGGCCUCCGGGCACAGGGAAGUCGUACCUGGCCAAGGCCGUGGCAACCGAGGCCAACAACUCCACCUUCUUCUCCGUGUCGUCUUCGGACUUGAUGUCCAAGUGGCUGGGGGAGAGCGAGAAGCUGGUGAAGAACCUCUUUGAGCUGGCGCGGCAGCACAAGCCCUCCAUCAUUUUCAUCGAUGAGGUGGACUCCCUGUGCGGCUCCCGCAACGAGAACGAGAGCGAAGCUGCGCGCCGCAUCAAAACCGAGUUCCUGGUGCAGAUGCAAGGUGUUGGGAAUAACAGCGACGGGAUCCUCGUCCUCGGUGCCACUAACAUCCCGUGGGUGCUCGACUCGGCCAUCAGGAGGAGGUUCGAGAAGCGCAUCUACAUCCCGCUGCCAGAGGAGGCGGCGCGGGCCCAGAUAUUCAGGCUGCACCUGGGGAACACGCCGCACAGCCUGACAGACACCAACAUCCAUGAGCUGGCCCGGAAGACAGACGGCUACUCUGGGGCUGACAUCAGCAUCAUCGUGCGCGAUGCCCUCAUGCAGCCUGUGCGCAAGGUGCAGUCAGCCACGCACUUCAAGAAGGUCCGAGGCCCGUCUCGCACCAACCCCAGCAUCAUUGUCGACGACCUCCUGACCCCAUGCUCUCCUGGAGACCCUGAGGCCAUAGAGAUGACCUGGAUGGAGGUGCCCAGCGACAAGCUGAUGGAGCCGACAGUUUGCAUGUCGGACAUGCUGCGCUCACUGGCCACCACCCGCCCCACGGUGAAUGCUGAGGACCUCCUGAAGGUGAAGAAGUUCACAGAGGACUUUGGGCAGGAAGGUUAAGCACUUCUGCUGGGGGGUGGGUGGGGGGAUGGGCCACCCGGCAGCCACGCGUGUUACUAACAAAGCUGUGGUGGGCGGGCAGGCAGGGGCCGGCUGUGCCUAGCCAAGGCACCACUUCCACUCCCUCCUGAACCCGCAUCCCCAUGCCUGCCCUGUGGGGAGGGAUGAGGUGGCGCCUGUGGCCCCCAGACACUACGGGAAGGGCUGGGGCAUGGCCGGGGCUCCUGCCACCUUCCUGCUCUUUGGUUUGGUUUCCUUUUUUUUUUUUCUUUUUUUUUUUUUAAUUUUUUAAAUUAAUGCUGCUUGGGUUUGUCUUGUUUGUAUAAAAUAAAAACCAUCUGAAAGCUUC